AUGGCAACUUCGAAGCUUCUAUCGUGGGCGCUCUGCUUGGCCCUCUUCGGUGCCGCCUUCUCCUCACGCAUCCUCAGCAUUGCCGCGUCGUCGCUCACAGCUACUGGUAUCGCGUCAGGAACACGGAGUCUGUCAAGCUGGGUUGCUGUUGCCCUUAUGGUCGGCAUGAUUGUGGGUCCCUUGCUGGUAUGGCUUCUGUCACGAUUCGUGGGACGAAAGCCUGUUGUGCUCUGUGCCAUAGUCAGUGGCAUACUGGCCGCCAUACUCACCACGUCAGCGUCAUUGAUGCAGCAGCUGUUCGUGGGUGCCGGCUUCACAGGACUGUCUCUGGGGAUGGUUGUCACCACGGCGUCUUUGUGGCUGGUAGAGACUGCUGAAACUCCCGACCGGUGCAAGAAGAUCGUUCUGCUCAACAUCGCCGCUGCGGCAGGCUCUGCAGUGGCAACAUGGAUCGAGUUCAUCUUCACAAUGACGGCGACAAACGGUCAAGUUUUCAGGGCUUGUAUGGCCCUACAGCUUGUCUUCCAGGUGCCUGCUUUCUUCCUCGUCUUCCGCUCCCCCGAGUCCUUCAGAUGGCUUCUCUCCCACGAUAAACCCGAUGAGGCGCGCUCUGCUCUCGCUCGCAUACGCAACCAACCUCAAAACUCUCCCCCAAUCACCGCCCGAUUCAACGCUCUAGUCCACCACCGCCAGCAAACCGCUUCCACCCCUUACCUCUAUGGGCGUUGCAUUACCUCGCGGAAAUCCCCCACCCCCCACCCAGGCAUGCUCCACCUGCACGUCCCCCGCCGCCUAGCUCUCGUCACCGGUCUCCAGACGAUGGCAACCCUCAUGGGCAUUCAAACCGCAAAUCUCUACCUCUCCUACCUCCUCCGCAACCUAUUCGCGCAAGCCUCGGGCUCAUCCUCAUACCACGGCCCCCUCAUCCUCGCCACCUUCCUCCCCACCAUCGACUUCCUCUUCACCAUCCCGCCCCUCUUCCUGCUCCCCCGCCUCGGCAUUCGCAAACUCAUGAUAACCGGCUCCCUCGGCCUCGCAACCUGCCUCCUCGUCGCCGUCAUCGUCUCCUCCACCAACGCCUCCCUCUCCUCCUCCUCCUCCUCCUCCUCCUCCUCCUCCUCCACCACUCUCUUCUUCACCUCCUCCUUCGCUACCACCACGACGCACACGCCCAACCUCGCCCCCACCGCCGCAGUCUUCACCGUCCUCCUCACCGCCUAUUUCUUCUACGACCUCGGCUGGAACGCCACCACCUUCCUCUUCCAAUCCGAACUCGGCCCCUCCCUGAACUCCCACGACGAAAACACCGCCCUCGCCUCCAUCGCGACCGCCACGCGCUUCGCCAUCGAGGUUGCCAUGGUCUUCAGCUCCAGCUACGGCGUCUUCGAAUUGGGACGUUUCUACCUGCUGAUCUGGCUGUUUACGAAUCUGGCUUUUGCGGCGGUGGUCUUUGUGUUUUAUCCCGAGACCGUGGGCAGGAGUUUGGAGGAGAUUGAUUUGUAUUUCGCCAGGGCGCCGAGGAAGGUCGUGGUGAGGGAUCGGGAUGCGCGUGGCGUGCGGAAGAGGAAGUCUGGGGGUUAUUAUGGUGGUGGUGGUGAGCGCGGUGGCGACGGAGAGAGCGUUGAGGUCCGGCAGUGGCAUGGGCGGGCGGAGGAGAUGGUUCCGGGACGCGAGGCGCGGAUGGGUUGGAGGGGCGUGGCUGAGCCGUGCAAAUAG